UAGCCGCACGCAACAACAGAGGACCCAGCUUCCAGAAUUACACAUCAGACUCGAGCCUUGCAUAGCCCAACAAAAGGUUGCUUAUAAAUUUGUACCUCCACGACAGAUCAGUCACAUCCAUGAAUCCCAGGUUCGAGUCGUCUCCUCAAGCCUCAUCGCCUGGGCCCAUGCGGCUCUGUGGCUUUUGCCGCAAGCCAUUUUUCAAGGAAACAUCCUACAAUCGUCACGUGCUAUACUGUCGCCGUACGCAGAACCGGCCUCGGACCCGCGCCAGGGCAUGUCGAGCCUGCAACAUGGCCAAAGUAAAAUGCAGCCUGCAGCCUCGCUGCUCGCGAUGCAUCAACAAGAGUCUCGAAUGCGUGUACGACACGAGCGCGGCUCCUGCUUCUACUCCUGCUACAAAUACCAGCCAAGUCGGCGCGGAGAACGCAGCGCAAGUUUGCAUGCCAGUCUUGUGGGAUGGGAGUAGUGGUAGUGGGAUUUCCAAUGAUUUGUAUGCAUGCAACGGGAUACAAGAUGUGGAAGAAGCACAAGCCGAUAUGGACUGGGAUGCCCUCGAUUUCGCUACGAAUGAUAUUCUCUUGCAGAGUCCUAGGAGCAAUAUACCCUAUCUCGCAGCACCAUUCCCCAAGGAAAUCUCAAGCGGCCCGUUUCUCCACGACUAUGGUGACGAUACAUUUAUCGUCGACAGCCUGAGCAUCAACAUGGAUCCGCAGGCCCUCUCGCUCAGCCCACGCCCCUUAUCCGAACAAGCCAACCCUCAAGACGAGCAUCCCCACGCGCUGUCCCGACCGACAUGCCAUGAUCUGACCAUUCUAUCCCCCAUCCCAAUAUCAGACCCGGCAUCGACUUGCACCGCAAACAUCAUCAUGCAGAUGCUGCGCGCCUUCCCCCAGAUGAUGCUUCGCAGGGCGACGUUCCCCCCCUUCAUACACGGCCACUGGUAUCGCGCCCCGAGUGCCACGGAGCCAGCUCUGCCUUCCCCACUAGCAAACUGCAUGGGCGUGGCGCAAUUAUUCGCCUCCUCCAACCUCGAGACGCGGCCAUUUCUGUGGCACACGAUUUCGCUAGAACAGCGCUCUGCGGCUGCUAAGACAGAUCAGUCCCGGUUUUCACGCUUCGAGCUCCUCGCUGCCGUUCAAGCGCAGCUUAUAUACAUCCUGAUGCGCGUCAUUGACAACUCGAGACUUGAACCAGGCUUGAAUCUAGAGAUGCUAGUUACAUACCAGAGCCUGUGCGACAGCUUCAAAGAGCUAUGUAAGCAGCCGUUCUUCCAAGACGAGAGACAACACCGAAGCCGCAGCUGGGAAGCCUGGGUCUUCGCCGAGUCGAGGCGGAGGACAGUAGUAGUCUGGCUGCUCAUCGCGCAAAUGGUGCACAUCAAGAUCGGCGUACCGUGUGACACACUCGAGGGGUUUCGCAACAUCCCCCUUCCCGCUCCCAAAGCGCUCUGGGAAGCAAGAUCGCGCUCGGAGUGGGAUUCGGAAUACCAAGUGUAUUUGAGCAUGCGGCAGAUGGGGCUAGAAUAUUUUGGAGACCUGAUUGACGCAUGCAAACAGAGCGAUGUAAGCUCCAAUAAGCUGAAACUGGACACGUGGAAUGCUACGGUCGAUAACCUGGGGGUUCUGCUCAACUUGAGUGCGCCAUUGGUGUGAGAUCUGUUCGCAUGGAUGAGUGUAAAUGAAUUGCUUAUUACCUGGUGUUUCUCAGUGAUUCCUACAAUUUAGUGGGAUUGGUAGGUUAUAUGUAUGUGCUGUUG